UUAUAAGAAGCGUGGCCAUUAUUAGUUGUUCUCAAUCACUAAGGAGGCCUAUAUAUAGGAACUGUGCUGUAUGACGAUACAACUGUAAUGGAUCCAUUCAAAUCUACACUUAGGUAUGAUUAAGGACAGGAACGGAAGAACUGACGGAACUGCAAUGAAACCGGAAACACUAGAAGUGAUGACGUAUCAGUGCACGUCGACGAUGGGGUUUGCAGAUAUGCGCACCAUGAACCAAAGCCACCUGCAACUAAUUGUGAAAGAAUUUCGCGAUGCGGAUCGCUGGUUUGACGUAACAACAGAGACUUACUUGAUCGUAGCCUAUACUAUUGUGAUAGUAGCGGGAAUUCUUGGAAAUUCGCUUGUAUGUCAAGUUGUUUUUAAACACCGGUACUUACGAAAACCUAGAAAUAUCCUCAUUGUCAACCUCUCAAUCUGUGAUAUUCUUAUGUGUACGUUUUGCAUGCCCUUUUCAUUAAUCAAGCUCACAUUGAAAAAUUGGCAUCUAGGGGAUUUUUUAUGCCGGGCUGUUCCAAGUCUGCAAAAUGUUGAUGUCCUAGUUUCGACAUUUACCAUUGUUGCCAUAGCUAUCGACAGAUACCGUGCCAUAGUAACUGUCUCUAGGGAAGAGGAAUACCGUAACAUGCUAAAAUAUAUGAUUGCUUUCAUCUGGAUAAUAGCUAUACUUUGUUGCAUACCAAUGAUUGUCUUCCACAACGUCGAGGUGCCAUGCAUAAUGGAAUACGGCAUUUAUCAGAUUUGUACAGAAGUGUGGCCUUCCCAAACCUAUAAAAGUGUAUAUACGGUAGCCAUUACAUUCACCCAGUAUGUAUUGCCUCUAACAGUCGUAAUUACAUUACACACAAGGAUAUGUUAUGUUUUACGCAUGCGCAUUCGCAGUGAUCCAAUAACGGAGACGGAAUUAAAACGAGUUUUACGUGAUAUUAAACGUAAUAAAAAGAAUAUGAUGCUUCUGUCUGCUGUGGCUGUAUCCUUUGCUUUGACGUGGCUUCCAUGGACGAUUCUCAACAUGACCGCCGAUUUUGAUUAUCGUUUCUUCGUCGACAAGAACUUCAACCUUAUGUACGCUAUAUGUCUACUCGUAGCCAUGACCUCAUCCUGCAUAAAUCCAAUCAUGUAUGGUUGGUUUAACAGUAACUUUCGACAGGCCUUUAUCAGUGCUCUGCUGUUCUGGAAGAGGGAGAUGAGCGAGUCCAUGGAACUUAUCACAAUCAAAUCGGACUCUAGGGAGAAAAGAGGAUACGGAGGAAACGAUACUACAAAUAGCUAAUUUCCGCUUUUUUGAAAACUGUCCUGUUCGAAAUGAUCGCUGACAAUUCAGAAACCAUGACGCCUACCUAUCGUUAGAUGACCAAAUACUAGUAAAUAAAAAUCAGCUUUUCCUUGUUCUUUGAUUUACAAAUAUCUAAAUCCACGAAUCCUCAAUCAAUAUUGUUAAUCAUUGACAUAGAUUUUAAAUAUA